CGGAGCCAAGAUGGCGGCGGCGCGGCCGCGGGCGCCAGAGCGACGGCGGCGGCUGCGGCUCUGGGCUCGCUGAAGCGUUGGCACGUCGCGCUCUGGGCUCAUGUAAUCAAAGAAGUUUCUUUGUUGUGUGUAUCUUUACAGAACACAACAGGAAUUGAAAAUGCAUCAGAACACUGAGUCUGUGGCAGUCACUGAGACUCUGGCUGAGGUACCUGAACACGUGCUUCGAGGACUUCCAGAGGAAGUAAGACUUUUACCAUCUGCGGUCGACAAGACUCGGAUUGGUGUCUGGGCCACUAAACCAAUUUUAAAAGGGAAAAAGUUUGGGCCAUUUGUUGGUGAUAAGAAGAAGAGAUCCCAGGUUAGGAAUAAUGUAUACAUGUGGGAGGUGUACUACCCAAAUUUGGGGUGGAUGUGCAUUGAUGCCACUGAUCCGGAGAAGGGCAACUGGCUCCGCUAUGUGAACUGGGCUUGCUCAGGAGAAGAACAGAAUUUAUUUCCACUGGAAAUCAACAGAGCCAUUUACUAUAAAACCUUAAAGCCAAUCGCGCCUGGCGAGGAGCUCCUGGUCUGGUACAAUGGGGAAGACAACCCCGAGAUAGCAGCUGCGAUUGAGGAAGAGCGAGCCAGCGCCCGGAGCAAGCGGAGCUCCCCGAAGAGCCGGAGAGGGAAGAAGAAAUCACAGGAGAAUAAAAACAAAGGCGUCAGAACCCAGGCUGCAGCGCGGAAGGCGAGCGAGCUGGACUCCACCUCUGCAAACAUGAGGGGCUCUGCAGAAGGUCCAAAAGAAGAGGAUGAGAGGCCUUUGGCUUCUGCACCUGAGCAGCCAGCCCUUCUGCCAGAGGUGGUAAGCCAGGAUGCAGUUCCACAGGUGGCCAUCCCUCUUCCUGCCUGCGAGUCACAGCCAGGGGCAGAUGGGAAACAAGAAGUCACAGACUGUGAGGUCAACAAUAUGAAGGAAGAGGAGGAGGAGGAGGAGGAGGAGCUGGAAGAGGAAGAAGAGGAGGAGGAGUUGGGAGAAGAUGGGGAGGAAGAAGCAGACAUGCCGAAUGAAAGCUCUGUGAAAGAACCAGAAAUACGGUGUGAAGAAAAGCCAGAAGAUUUACUGGAAGAGCCACGGAGUGUGCCAACUGAAACUUCUGAAGGCUCCCCAGGCGCCACCCCUCCUCCCCACGCUCCCAGGGCUAGAGAGGAGGCCAACGGCGAGGGGCUUGAAACAUUCAUGUUUCCAUGUCAGCAUUGUGAAAGGAAAUUUGCAACGAAGCAGGGGCUAGAACGUCACAUGCACAUCCACAUUUCUACAAUCAACCACGCUUUCAAGUGCAAGUACUGUGGGAAACCAUUUGGCACACAGAUCAACAGGAGGCGGCAUGAAAGGCGCCACGAAACAGGGUUGAAGAGAAGACCCAGCAUGGCAUUACAAUCCUCAGAGGACCCAGACGAUGGCAAGGGGGAAAAUGUUACUUCUAAAGAUGAGUCGAGUCCACCUCAACUUGGGCAAGACUGUUUGAUAUUGAACUCAGAGAAAACCUCACAGGAAAUACUGAAUUCAUCUUUUGUGGAAGAGAAUGGUGAAGUUAAAGAACUUCACCCAUGCAAAUACUGCAAAAAGGUAUUUGGAACUCACACCAAUAUGAGACGACAUCAGCGUAGAGUUCACGAACGCCACCUGAUUCCCAAAGGUGUCCGGCGAAAAGGAGGCCUCCUAGAAGAGCCGCAGCCACCUGCAGAGCAGGCCCCGCCCUCCCAGAAUGUCUAUGUACCAAGCACAGAGCCCGAGGAGGACGGGGACGCAGAUGAUGUGUAUAUCAUGGACAUUUCUAGCAACAUCUCUGAGAACCUAAAUUACUAUAUUGAUGGUAAGAUUCAGACCAACAACAGCACUAGUGAUUGUGAUGUGAUUGAGAUGGAGUCUAACUCUGCACACUUGUAUGGCAUAGACUGUCUGCUCACUCCAGUAACUGUAGAGAUUACUCAAAACAUAAAGAGCACUCAGGGCUCUGUGACAGAUGAUCUUCUUAAAGAGUCUCCCAGUAGCACAAAUUGCGAGUCUAAGAAACGGAGGACUGCCAGUCCACCUGUACUCCCUAAAAUUAAAGCAGAGACAGAUUCUGAUUCCACGGCACCCUCGUGUUCCUUAAGUCUGCCUCUGAGCAUAUCAACAACAGAGGUGGUGUCUUUCCAUAAAGAGAAGGGUGUCUAUUUGUCUUCAAAGCUCAAGCAGCUUCUUCAGACCCAGGACAAACUGACUCCUCCUGCAGGGAUUUCAACAGCUGAGAUUCCUAAGUUAGGUCCCGUGUGUGUAUCUGCUCCUGCAUCCAUGUUAGCUGUGACUUCUAGUAGGUUUAAGAGACGCACCAGCUCUCCCCCCAGUUCUCCACAGCACAGCCCUGCCCUUCGAGACUUUGGGAAACAGAGUGAUGGGAAAGCAGCAUGGACAGACACAGCUCUGACUUCCAAGAAACCGAAGUUAGAAAGUCGUAGUGACUCACCAGCGUGGAGUUUGUCUGGGAGAGAUGAGAGAGAAACUGGAAGCCCUCCUUGUUUUGAUGAAUACAAAAUAUCAAAAGAAUGGGCAGCCAGUUCUACUUUCAGCAGCGUGUGCAACCAACAGCCGUUGGAUUUAUCCAGCGGUGUCAAACAGAAGUCAGAGGGCACAGGCAAGACUCCAGUCCCAUGGGAAUCUGUAUUGGAUCUCAGUGUGCAUAAAAAGCCUUGUGAUUCUGAAGGCAAGGAAUUCAAAGAGAACCAUUUGGCACAGCCGGCUGCAAAGAAGAAAAAACCAACCACCUGCAUGCUACAAAAGGUUCUUCUCAAUGAAUAUAAUGGUGUUAGCUUACCUACAGAAAGCACACCAGAGGCGACCAGGAGCCCAAGUCCUUGUAAAUCACCAGACACACAGCCAGAUCCUGAACUUGCUACUGACUCGAGUUGCUCAGCCCCCACUGCUGAGUCUCCACCUGAGGUUGUUGGCCCUUCAUCACCCCCUCUCCAGGCAGCCUCCCUGUCCUCUGGUCAGCUGCCUCCUCUCUUGAUCCCCACAGAGCCUUCUUCCCCUCCGCCCUGCCCUCCUGUGUUAACUGUUGCCACUCCACCACCUCCCCUCCUUCCGACUGUCCCUCUCCCCAACCCCUCUUGUGAUGCCUCUCCUCAACAGUGCCCCUCUCCAUUCUCAAAUGCCACUGCUCAGUCUCCUCUUCCGAUUCUCUCCCCAACAGUGUCCCCCUCUCCCUCUCCUAUUCCUCCUGUAGAGCCACUCAUGUCUGCUGCUUCCCCUGGUCCUCCGACACUUUCCUCCUCUUCCUCCUCCUCUUCCUCCUCUUCCUUCUCUUCCUCUUCAUGUUCCUCCUCCUCCCCCUCACCACCCCCUCUCUCAGCAGUGUCAUCUGUGGUGUCCUCUGGGGACAACCUGGAAGCAUCUCUCCCUGCAAUAACUCUCAAACAGGAGGAGUCAGAGAGUGAAGGUCUGAAACGCAAGGAAGAGGCCCCAGCUGCAGGUGGGCAGAGCGCUGUCCAAGAGACAUUCAGCAGAAACUUCGUCUGCAAUGUGUGCGCAUCACCUUUUCUUUCCAUUAAAGACCUAACCAAACAUUUGUCUGUCCAUGCUGAAGAAUGGCCCUUCAAAUGUGAGUUUUGUGUGCAGCUUUUUAAGGGUAAGACCGAUCUAUCAGAGCACCGAUUUCUGCUUCAUGGAGUCGGAAAUAUCUUUGUGUGUUCUGUAUGUAAGAAAGAAUUUGCCUUCUUAUGCAAUUUACAGCAGCAUCAGCGUGAUCUCCACCCAGAUGAGUUAUGCACACACCACGAGUUUGAAAGUGGGACCCUGAGGCCCCAGAACUUCACAGACCCCAGCAAGGCCCAUGUGGAGCAUAUGCCGAGUUUGCCAGAAGAGCCUGCGGAAGCUUCUAGAGAGGAGGAGUUAAAUGACUCCUCUGAAGAGCUUUACACGACCAUCAAAAUAAUGGCUUCCGGAAUAAAGACGAAAGAGCCAGAUGUUCGACUUGGUCUCAACCAGCAUUACCCGAGCUUUAAGCCACCUCCAUUUCAGUACCACCAUCGAAACCCUAUGGGGAUUGGGGUAACAGCCACAAACUUCACCACCCACAAUAUCCCACAGACUUUCACUACUGCCAUCCGCUGCACAAAGUGUGGCAAGAGUGUUGAUAACAUGCCUGAGCUGCAUAAGCACAUCUUGGCGUGUGCAUCUGCAAGUGACAAGAAGAGGUACACUCCUAAGAAAAACCCAGUGCCGCUGAGACAGACGGUGCAGCCCAAAAAUGGAGUGCUGGUUUUAGACAACUCUGGGAAAAAUGCCUUCAGACGGAUGGGGCAGCCUAAGAGACUGAGCUUCAAUGUUGAACUCAGCAAAAUGUCUCCAAAUAAGCUCAAGCUAAAUGCAUUGAAGAAAAAAAAUCAGCUGGUACAGAAAGCGAUCCUUCAGAAGAACAGAUCUGCGAAGCAGAAGGCAGACCUGAGGGACACUUCCGAGGCGUCCUCACAUAUCUGCCCUUACUGUGACAGGGAGUUCACGUACAUCGGCAGCCUGAAUAAGCAUGCUGCUUUCAGCUGUCCUAAAAAACCCCUUUCUCCUUCCAAAAGAAAAGUUUCUCAUUCAUCUAAGAAAGGUGGCCACACAUCAUCUGCCAGCAGUGACAGAAACAGUAGUAGCAAUCCCCGGAGGCGCACCGCAGAUACGGAGAUCAAGAUGCAGAGCAUGCAGGCACCCUUGGGCAAGACCCGAGCUCGGAGUACAGGCCCUGCCCAAGCCUCGCUGCCCUCCUCAUCCUUCAGAUCCAGACAGAAUGUCAAGUUUGCAGCUUCAGUCAAGUCCAAAAAAGCAAGCUCUUCAUCCUUGAGGAAUUCUAGUCCCGUAAGAAUGGCUAAGAUUACUCAUGUUGAGGGCAAAAAAUCCAAAGCUGUUGCCAAGAGUCAUUCUACUCAGCUCUCAAGCAAAGCAUCCCGAAGCCUGCACGUGAAGGUGCAGAAGAGCAAAGCUGUUCUACAAAGCAAGACUGCCCUGGCCAGCAAGAAAAGAACAGACCGGUUCAUAGUAAAAUCUAGAGAGCGGAGCGGGGGCCCAAUCACCCGAAGCCUUCAGCUGGCAGCUGCUGCGGACCUGAGUGAAAGCAGGAGAGAGGACAGCAGUGCCAGGCAUGAGCUGAAGGACUUGAGGUAAGCCCAGAGCUCGGGGAGGUGAGGACUGCUGGAGAGCUGUAGCUGGCCUGGAGGACGUCUGUCCUUUUAGCAGAGUGGCACUGGCAUAAUCUUGUGGCAUACCCUUGCUACUUUGAUGCUGUACUGAUGAAUAAAUACAAUGAUUUCAGACUUAGUGCUCACAAAGUGGUACCAUUUCUUUAAUUUCUGAAUGGAGCUUGAACCCAGUUCCCUGUGUGAAAAGAUGAAGUUCUCUUAAUUUACAUCUUGGGCAGUGUUCCAAGGCCACCUGUGUUGGUUCCUGGUCCUGCAUUGCUCCUUAGGGUUAAGUGGGUGACGACAAGUCCAGUAGCAACCUCAGUGCUCUCUUGUUUAGUAGUUUGUGACUUAAGCAUAGUUAAUGAUGUCUAAAUAUCUAAUGUUAAUACUUCCAUUUGCUAGUGUUUGAAUUUAAAAUUUUUUCCACGUUGCUUAAAAUAAAAUCACCAUAUAUCUUUAAAAUGCCUUAUAUUCCCCUCUAGCCCUCUGCCUACAGCAAUAGAGAGACUAGCAAUUGAGGUUCUAAUGGGGAAGAAGAGCAGGCCAGGCCCUGGGGCUCAGUGCUUCUCCUAUAAUGUUAGGUUUCUCAGUUUAGAUCUGAGCUGACCUUACUGCCUUAUUCCAUAUUCUCCCCAUAUACACAUGGUUCUCAGGGACAGUGAUGUGGCCCUAGGAUAGCCUGUUAUAUUGACUUCUCAAGCUGAGUUGAUAUACAUUUGGAAUUCCUUCUUAUUCCCAAAUAAUGUCCACAGGUUAGUGGCCAUCAUCAGAAGGUUACUCUGCAAAUAUUUGGACACCUAUGCAGCCUGUCUUGAUUCUGGGUUGUCAUGACUGUAAUUCUGGGUAUUGGAAGCAAACAGAGUUAGGGACAGCUGUGGAGUGACUUGUUUUGGAGAGAAGACCUAAGCAUACCAAGGUUCCAGUGUCACUCAGGUAAAGUUCUUGGUGCUGUGUGCCUUGAAGCAUAGCAAAAGAAAGUUCUAGACAUUGGGCACAACAGUUCCCUGUAGUGCUGAAGGAUUGAGCUCUUUUGGAAGGCACUUCGAAACGUUCUGAGUGUUAGUUGCUGUCGAUCUGGUCAUAUUUAGCCACACAGGUGCUUGGGCGACAUGGUUGAGUUGGCUGUAGUGAGGAACAGCACUGCUUUCAGCCGCCAGUGCUCCUUACCUGCUACUGGCCUCUGCUCUAGGGAAUUCCACACCACCUUAGCAUUUUGAACCAUCCUGGAUUAGCAUGUAGGUGACUGAUGAUUUAGAGUGUGCUUUCUUCCAGUGUUUUCUAAAAGAAUUAACUGUUUUGUACUAGAUCCUGUAGACUUUUCAGGGGUAAACGUAUGAAAACGUAAGAGCUGAGUGUGCUUGUAUAAAGUUCACUUGCUUCACUCUUACCUGGUGUUUUAAAGACUCCCUAAGGCUAAAUGUGUCCCAAAACAUGUCUCUUCUCUUGCUCCAGUGGAUUUUAAACUAUUUUGAUAGUUAACAGAAUUAUAUUGCUGGAGUUAAAAGUUGGCUUAAAAAGCACCACUUAAAGCUACAGAUAACGAAAUCAUGAAUAGUGUGCUCAGUUACAGACACUGAGUUGUUCCUAGUGACUAAUCCUUUUCCUUGGCGAGUUACUGCCCUGUGUUUUAGACAGAUCUGCAGAAUGAGAGACAUCAUCCAAGAUAACUUUCCAAGAGAUUAUGACCUUGUGAGUUGUUUUGGACAAUUAAAAACCAAAUGUCCAAUUGAACAUCGUGUUUGACUAUCUAGACAUGAGAGUGGGUAUUUAUUUCUGCAGAGUGUAUUUCAGUCAUUAGUACCCCUAGCAAACAUAUAGGCAACAGUAGGAUUCCUGGCUACUAGCAUCCACACACCAGGGUCCUCUAACUCAGGGCUGCUACAGACUAGCCUGAGCUCAUUUUCAGUGCUUGUGUGUUUUGUGCUGACUAGGGAGGAGUGUUUACUGACAGAGGUCCUCAGCUCCGGUGGUUGUCUCAGUUGGCUUAAAGGAGACUAAUGGAAGGAGCUGUCAUGCCUGGAGCUUCCAUGUUCUGUCCUCAGCUCUGUAGAACACAUAGCUUGUUCCUUCCCUGCCUGUUGAUUGCAGCAAACUAUGGUUAUAAGUCAUGUCCAGUAUCAGACACUUGACACUUGAAAGCCAGCAUAGGGUUCUGCAGAUUUUCAAGGACAUAGCUGUAGCCAGAACAGCAUUGAGCACAGGCUCCACAGGUUGCCGGUUGGUCACUUCCUGAAGCACCAGCUGGUUUACCAUUCCAGGAUAAAGAGCCAUCAGAAAAGCCGGUGAGCCUCUCCCUGAGUCUGUCCCAGUCUGCCUGGACCUUCCUGCUAUUGCCUUUGGCUUGGUUCCUUUCUAGAGAGAAGAGCAGACUCUUCCAUGUUCUUCCCUGUAAUCCAAAGAGAGCUGUUCUAUCCAAGCAACGUUUCCAUUUUUCAUGAUGCCCACUACCCCUGUGUCCAGAAGUUAGAGAAGAAGCAAGUCCAAGACAGGUUCUUCACUGCCACCACCAGGUGCCCCUACCCCCACUGCAUACUGUGCGUGGGAAACUGCCCUGUGUCUUGGGAGCAGGAGUGGAGUUUCUAACUAUUAGAGUUGUUUAUGUGUUUCUGUCUUGGUGACAUUUGUCGUACAGUCUCCUCACCUUUUUCUUUAAUUGGUCAGUUCAUACAAGGUUGUGUAUGUUGUCAUUUAUCUUCAGUUUUCUUAUUUUCUAGGAACUUCCUGUAGAAAAGUCCCCCCCACAAAACAAACCUUAACUGACUAAAAGAUAUUGCAUGCUCAACUUAGGAUAAGCACUACGGCAAAGGAUACGAAAUCUACCCAGCUUGCAAGACCAGUUGAAGCUGACUCAAAAGCUGUAACAUACAGCUGCUUACCGACAGGCUUCUUGCCCUGGUUAGUGUCAGGCAUCCGUCUCUUUGGUGGAGCUCACGUGUGUGCUGGGCUCUCAGGGGAUUGAAAUCCAAAGAGAAGGGUGCCAUAAGAUGGGCUAGAUGGACUGGCUCUUCCUCAUCACCGGACUGGCAGCUCAGCUCUGAGUGUGGCCCUUGAGUCUGGCAGAGAGCAGCUAAGAGAGCAAUUGAACUGAACCUUGCAAAGCAAGUGCCCUUGUUUUAUGAGUGGUCCUAGUUUCAGGGAUGACAGAUCGGGUGUGCCCACCUCAAAACGCUUGCGUUACACCAGCCCUCGAUGCCUUCUUUCAUGUGAAUUAUACAGAGAGGCAUUUAGUUGAUCCCUAUCCCUCUCCCCUUUAAAAAAAAAAAAUCAUAAGCAGAUUGCCAGCGUAAUGCAGAGGAUCCCAGAUUGGAUAGGACUCCUUCUCAUGCCUCUGUUAGUGUUUGUGUGUCCAACUGGACGUUACCCUCUCACUGUCUGGCACUAAUUUAUAGCUGUUAUAUUACGAGAUGCUGUGUAGCAGUGUAUCAGUGCACGGAAAGCAUCCAGGCCUGUAUAGCUGUUUGUUAUCUGCACACCAGGCCUUACUCUUGUCUCAGUAGAUUCAAAGCAACAGAUCAGCCUCUUCCUUUUGUAGCGGGUCAGCACCACUUCUCCAUGAGUGCUGAUGCUUCCCCCAGAGUAAUGACCGAGGUGGUGGAAAACGGCUACAUUUUAUUCAUACUGUGUUUUGUACUCAACCUUAAAAGUAAUCUACCUCUUACACUUUGUAGUUGAAUACUUGUGUGAUGAAUUUGUGCCACUUUAACCUUUCACUACCAUUCCCAUUUUGUUACCUUUCUGUUCAGGAGACUUUAUGUUGGAAUACUGUAUAAAGCAUUUGUAGCAGUUUAAAAAUAAAAUAUUUAAAAUUAUUUAAAUUGUUUUGGGUGCUUCAAUUGUAUUCUGUGAUUUAGAGCUUACAUUUGUGUUUGCAUUGUUAAUCCGGAAGGUGUCUGCUGUACUGAAGUUUGCUGUUAGUUAUUUUAUUGCUUCUUGUCGCAAAGUGCUAUAAAGAUUAUUCUAAUGAAAACAUUAAAAUUUAUAAUUUGACAUACAAAAGGGAUUGUUCAUUGUUUUUAACCAAUGUAGCCUUGACAGAGUUUUUAUUACAGACACACAAGAGUGAUGUUUGCUACUUUGCCCUGUUAGCAUGGACACAUCCUCUGUUUGUCAGAUGUCUAAGAAAGCUCUUUUUUCAUGUUAUUUAAAAUACCUGAUAACUAGGGGAGACUUGGAUGAUACAAUCUAUAUCAUUGUAACGAAUAAACACUUUGUAAACACUU